AUGACCGACAAGCUACCCCCCAACCUCCGCGCACUCUUCGCGCCGCGCCCACCACUCCGCUACCUCCCCGCGCAUGACGUUGCGCCAGAAGAUCGUCGCACUGCCCACAUCACUAGUGUCGCACAAUUCCUCCCAGCUCUGCACGAAAAGGCCGAGAACGUCAAAGCGUCCGACAACCAGGAACUUCAGCCCGGCGACCCAGGCUACGAACCCCCACCCACCGAGUCAUGGCUGGAAAGGCGCGACCGAGAGACACGUGAAAAGCAAGCGCAUCAUCAAUGGCUUCACAACGAAGGCGCAGACCUACUCUACAAACCCAAGCAGAACACAAGCGCGGCUGGCGAUGCCUUCAGCACGCUGUUCGUCUCGCGCCUCUCGUACGAUGUGGAUAGGCACGACCUCCAAGCCGAGUUCUCGCGCUUCGGACCAAUCAUGCGAAUCAAGGUCAUCACCGACACUGGAGAGAACGAGGCGGAGAUGCUUGCUCGUGGUGUGGCUCAGGACAGAAUCAGUAAGAAGAAGAGGAAGGGAGCUUCAAAAGGCUACGCGUUCAUCGUCUUCCACAACGAGGCCGACAUGAAAGCUGCGUACAAAGAGAUGGACGGUGCUAGCAUUAAGGGCCGCCGCAUCCUCGUCGAUGUGGAACGCGGUCGGACUGUCGCUGGGUGGAGACCACUGAGAUUUGGAGGUGGCCUGGGAGGACGUCACUACACCAAAGCGCCGCCUCCUCGCGCAAGCGGCGGGUACCAGUUCAACGGCCCACCACCAGGACCAGGCGGCUUCCGUGGAGGUUUCAGAGGCGGCUUCAGAGGCGACGGAGGCUUCAGGGGUGGCCGCGGUGGCGGUUUCAGAGGCGGCCGAGGUGGUAUAGGAUAUCAAAACGGCAUGCCUCCGGACGGCGCACCGGCGGGCCCACGAGGCGGAUACGGCGAUCGUGGAGGCUAUGGAGGAGGCUACGGGGGAGGCCGUGGAGGCUAUGUUGGCGGAGGGUACGACGAUCGCGGAUCACGCAACAACGCUAACUACGAGCCUCUCCCUCCUCGUGGCGGCGGCUACCGGGAUCGCGAGGAGCCGAACGGCGGAGGGUACAGAGGAGGCGGCGAUCGCGGCGGCCCUGGCUAUGGUGGUGGGUUCGACGAUCGCUCGCGCAAGCGGCCUUACGACGGGGGCGGGUAUGGUGGGUACGAGGAGCACCGCAGCAGCAGACCGCGCUACUAA